AUGGCGGACAACAUAUACACCAAAGGCACCAGAGUCUGGUUCCCCGACAAAGAUCAGGGCUGGAUCUCUGCUGAAGUCACGCAAACGUCCAAGGGCGACAACGACUAUGUCAAGCUCGUUUUCGUUGAUGAACGACAAAAGGAAAUUACCAUUGAAACGACUGGCAAAGACAUCAAGGAUGGCAAGGGCGACUUGCCACCUUUACGGAACCCUCCACUGCUAGAAACUGCAGACGACUUGGCUACUCUCUCACACUUAAAUGAACCCUCGGUUUUACAUACCAUUCGCAACCGUUACGCACAACACAGUAUAUAUACAUACAGCGGCAUUGUCCUUAUUGCAGUCAACCCUUUCCAGCGCGUUACCCUAUAUGGACCCGAAAUAAUUCAAGCGUAUAGUGGUAGACGAAAAGGCGAAUUAGAGCCCCAUCUGUUCGCCAUCGCAGAAGAUGCGUACACACGCAUGAGCAAGGAGAAUCAGGGCCAGACUAUCAUUGUUUCGGGAGAAAGUGGUGCUGGAAAGACUGAAUCCGCGAAAUUGAUAAUGCGCUUCUUGGCUUCGGUCAACCCGCCUGCCUAUGCUGGUAGAUCUAGAACCAAGGCAUCCCUAGAUGAAUCGAGUGAAGUCGAGCGACAGAUCCUCGCUACGAAUCCGAUCCUUGAGGCCUUUGGUAAUGCGAAAACCACUAGAAACGAUAACUCAUCCCGCUUUGGUAAAUAUAUCCAGAUCCUCUUUGACAAUAAGCAAGAGAUCGUAGGAGCACGAAUUCGCACAUAUUUGCUUGAACGCUCCCGUUUGGUUUACCAACCGGAGACAGAACGCAACUACCAUAUAUUUUAUCAGUUGUGUGCGGGAACGCCGCUUAAAGAGCGGAAAGACCUUGCAUUGGAUACGGACAUCACCAAAUUCCAUUAUCUUCGUCAAGGUGGUCCAACCUCGACUCCUAUACCAGGCGUGGAUGAUGCGGAGGAUUUCCGCGCCACUCAACACGCCUUAUCGACGGUCGGCAUUAGCGUGGAGAAACAAUGGGCUGUCUUCAAGCUCCUCGCUGCGCUACUUCAUCUCGGAAAUGUUAAAAUAGCGCAGUUGCGCCAAGACGCGACAUUGGAGGAUAACGACCCAGCCCUGCUGCUUUGCACACGAUUCUUAGGUAUUAAGCCUGCGGAAUUCAAGCGAUGGACGAUCAAGAAGCAGAUUGCUACUCGCUCGGAAAAGAUCGUCACGGCUCUUAAUGCAGUGCAAGCGACUGUCGUACGUGAUAGUGUUGCUAAGUUUGUGUACGCUUGCUUGUUCGAAUGGCUGGUGGCAAUAAUAAACGAGAGCUUGGCCGGGGAGGGUGGAGAAGCUGCAAACAAGGCAGAGAUGUUCAUCGGUGUAUUGGAUAUUUACGGCUUUGAACAUUUCCAGAAGAACUCGUUUGAGCAAUUCAGCAUUAACUAUGCGAACGAAAAGUUACAGCAGGAAUUUAAUGCCCAUGUAUUCAAACUCGAACAAGAAGAGUAUGUUCGCGAGGAGAUAAACUGGACAUUCAUCGACUUUUCGGACAAUCAGCCCUGUAUAGAUGUGAUAGAAGGUAAACUUGGCGUACUGGCCUUGUUGGACGAAGAAUCACGGCUGCCGUCUGGAAAUGACGCCUCUUUCCUGCAAAAGCUCAAUCAACAACUAUUGAAGCCGGAAACGAAGAACAUCUUUAAGAAGCCUCGAUUCGGGAACAACGCGUUCACCAUUGCGCACUAUGCUUUGGAUGUUACGUAUGAAGUAGAAGGAUUCAUUGAGAAGAAUAGAGAUACUGUCCCGGACGAACAUCUCGCUCUACUCGCGUCAACAUCGAACCCAUUCUUGAAGGAAGUCUUAGAGACCGCACUUACUUCAAAUAAACCGCCAGAAAGCCCGAACCCUGCGUCCCCUGCGCCGGAUGGUAAACGCUCGUCGCUCAUUCCAGACCCAGGUCGCGCAACUCUUGCCGUUAGCUCGGCAUCUGCUGCCGGCUCAAAGCGUGCUGCUAAGAAACCGACGCUGGGUUCUAUUUUCAAGGCUUCGUUGAUCAGCUUAAUGGAUACUUUGAGUGUGACAAACGUCCAUUAUAUUCGUUGUAUAAAGCCGAACGAAGCUAAGCGUGCAUGGGAGUUCCAACCGCAGCAAGUCCUGGGCCAGCUACGCGCUUGUGGUGUUCUGGAAACUAUCCGGAUAAGUUGCGCAGGUUACCCUUCUCGGUGGACUUACGAAGAAUUUGCGGAGAGAUAUUAUAUGCUUGUUCCGUCAAGUGACUGGGGUCCUAUGAUCAAUAACCUUGAGAUAAAGCCCUUAUGUUCGCUCAUCCUGAAGAAAACGAUCAACGACGAGGACAAAUACCAGGCAGGUCUUACCAAGAUUUUCUUCAGGGCAGGGAUGCUCGCCGCGCUGGAAUCGCUCCGAUCAGAGAAAUUGAACUCCCUUGUGACGCUGGUUCAGAAGAAUGUCCGGAGGAGGCUUGCAGUCAAACGAUACCAGACUAUGCGCAAAGCGGCAAUCAAAAUUCAAACUUGGUGGCGUGGUAUACUCGCAAGACGGCUGGUUGCCAGCAUUCGGCGUGAGGUAUCAGCUCGCAAGCUGCAAACUAUUAUUCGUCGGUACUUGCAGCGGAGCAAAUUCUUGGCAAUUCAUCAUACAAUCGUCUCGCUCCAGAGUCAUAUCCGUGGCGCGGCUGCACGUAAAGCUUACAAGGAUGCGAGGUACUCACAUGCAGCAAUUCGUUUGCAAAGUCUUUUCAGAGGAAGAUUGGCCCGACGGCAGUUCAAGUCGGAUGUCAAGCACAUUAUCUAUCUCCAAUCCUGCCUGCGUCGUAGAUUGGCUCGUAAGGAGCUCAAAGCCCUCAGAGCUGAAGCUCGAUCUAUCAACAAGUUCAAGGAGAUCUCAUAUAGGCUCGAGAACAAGGUUGUCGAACUCACCCAACGUCUCCAAGAAAGGACGGGUGAAAAGAAAGAACUUCAAUCAAGAUUGGUGGAUCUUGAAGAACAGCUGCAAGUAUGGAUAUCACGCCACGAAGAGUCCGAUUCGAAGGCGAAACAACUUCAGAACGAUUGGCACGUCUCCCAGGCAGAAGUAAAGAAACGAGACGAAUUGCUUCUCACGAAGCAGGACGUGGAGACGCGUCUCGCUGAGGCUUUAUCUCGACUUACUGAGAAGGAGGCAGCAAUCCAGAAACUAACAGAAGACCUUCGAUCACAUGCAGCCAAAUUGGAAGCUCAGCAGAAGUUGCUCGACAAUGCACCUGCCCGCUCCGAAGACCAGUCUGUUCUUGCAACCCUCAAGAAUGAAGUGAGCAGUUUGAGGGAGCAGCUAAACCGCGCCAACGCCUUAAAUGCUUUGACACGGGGAGCCCGAGUCGAAGCUCCAAGCUCGCCUACCUUCGCUCCCCACUUGCGUACGCUUGAGGCGCUGCCUAAUGGAAAUGCAUCCGCCACAAAGUCUCAUCAGAGGAGGCAUAGCUCUGCUGGCGUGUACUCCUUAGAUCCAUCCGAACAUCGUACAUCUGUUGAUGAAUUAAUGAUGGCUGCUCGGCGCGUAAAUGGCAAUCCCCGUGCCGUGUCCGUGGCUUUCAACGGAAAUGAUGGUGUACCCCGUUUCAAACCCAACGGACUUUCGGAAAUCUUUGACGAUCCAGCUGAGGAAAAGAUUAAGCUCAUGCUUGAUGCCAAACAUUUGGACGAGGACGUCUUGGAGGGACUCAUCCGUGGAUUGAAGAUUCCUGCUCCGAGCUUGACGAAUCCCUCUGCCGUCAAGGAAAUACUUUUCCCUGCAAACCUUAUUAGUCUCGUGACAAACGAGAUGUGGAAAUACGGCCUCAUCCCAGAAAGCGAGCGCUUCCUCGCGACCGUAAUGCAGGCAGUUCAAAGCCAUGUCAUGUCCUUCCAAGGCGAAGACGCUAUUAUCCCUGGGAUAUUUUGGCUUUCAAACGUUCAUGAAAUGCUUUCUUUCAUUUGCGUGGCAGAGGCCGAUAUGUUGCAAGGCAUAGGUCCAGGAGGCGAGCCCGCUGGACGAGAGUUCGACUGGACUGACUACGAGCGUCUUGUGAGCAUGGUCAAACAAGACCUUGAUAGUUUGGAGUACAACAUCUAUCAUACAUGGAUGCUAGAAACAAAGAAGCGUUUGUCCAAGAUGGUCAUUCCGGCACUCAUCGAGAGUCAGUCUUUACCUGGUUUCACGACCAGCGAUGGUGGCGGUGGACGGCUGUUCAACAGGCUACUGAACUCGAAUUCCACGCCGGCAUACAGCAUGGACGAUGUCUUGAACCUUCUUAACAAGGUUUGGAAGAGUUUGAGGAGUUAUUACAUGGAGGAGUCUGUUGUACAACAGGUCAUAACCGAACUUUUGAAGCUUAUUGGAGUAACGAGCUUCAACGAUUUGCUUAUGCGUCGUAAUUUCUGCUCAUGGAAACGAGCUAUGCAAAUCCAGUACAAUAUUACCCGUAUUGAGGAAUGGUGCAAGUCGCACAACAUGCCAGAGGGUACCUUGCAGUUAGAGCAUCUUAUGCAAGCGACCAAACUUCUGCAACUGAAGAAGGCGACUGCAGCAGACAUCGAGAUUAUCUAUGAUGUCUGUUGGAUGCUGAGCCCAUCUCAGAUCCAACGAAUGUGCACGAACUACUUCGUUGCUGAUUACGAGAAUCCUAUCUCGCCCGAAAUUCUCCGGGUUGUUGCAUCCCGAGUCGUUCCUAAUGACCGUAAUGAUCAUCUGCUUCUCGCGCCAGAGACCGAGGAAGUGGGGCCCUAUGAGGUCCCAUUGCCACGAGAAGUGUCCGGAUUGGAGACAUAUGUCCCUGCAUACCUUAACGUUUCGCACCUUCGCCGACUUGCGGCUCUGGUAGCUUAGUCCUCGUACGCUUUUAUAUGUAUACAGAUAUUUUCCGUUCACUCUUGAUAGCAUAAUUGGUGCCGCUGACUGACGAAUGGUCUGUGACCUGGAUGGUUUUGUGGGCGCACUUGGCUGCGUUCUAG